AUGCAUACUAAGGUCCCCGUUCAAGUUGAUGGAAGAUUUAGGUUGGGAGACAUUUUGGGAUCCGGUUCAUAUGCUGUUGUGUAUUGUGCACGAAACAUCAUUAAGAAGGAUGCAGUUGCCAUCAAGCUUGAACCCAUCAUCCACUCAUCUUCUGUGCAAUGCAAAUACAAAGUUUUGAAACACCUUGAAGGUGGUGUUGGUAUUCCCCAUGUCCAUUGGUUUGGUAGGGAGUUGACAUAUCACGCUCUGGUUCUCGACCUCCUUGGGCCAUCACUACAUGUCCUAUUCCUUACCCACAACAACAAAUUCAGCCUUGAAACUGUUGUGAAUCUGGGAGACCAGCUGCUUUCACGCCUCAAAUAUAUUCACUCACAUCAUUAUUUUCAUGGUGAUAUAGAACUGCAGAAUGUCGUUGUGGGGCUUGGUGAUUUGAGUGACACCAUUUUUCUUAUUGAUUUUGGGAUUGCAAAGGAGUUCUGGAACACAUCAAACAAUGUCCACAUUCCAUUUCGGCAAGGUCAACGUCUUGCUGGCACUCCUGCAUUUGCUUUGGUCAACAAUCACUUGGGAGUUGAACUGGGUCGUCGUGAUGACCUCGAGUCACUUACAUACAUGUUAAUAUACUUCUUGCAUGGUUCCCUUCCGUGGUUAACCAGCGACAAAGACAAACUUUGCAGCUCUUCAAUACUCAAAUGUAAAGUCAACACUACCAUUGAAGAUCUGUGUCAGGGAAUUCCUGUCGAGUUCGCAAUGAUUCUCAUUUACACACGCUCUCUUGCAUUCUCAGAGGAUCCCAAUUAUAACCCCCCCCCUGCAUGCAGCUACUUCUACUCCGCGCCGGAAAAAGACUAG